AUGGCCACCGAUUACUUCUCGGACUAUGGGACGUCUGGCUCACCUUAUGUCGCUUCCUCGCCAACGGAGACGCCCUUCUACACGCCGAGACUAGCUCUGUCCCGACGGACUUCGAGAUACGGGACGUCAUCGCCUGGUCCAUCCUCCUCACCGCCUCCUCUCCCCGCUGAUGCACCAGACCUUGCAGACGGUGAUAACGUUUCUAUCCUUGAUCCACGAAGAUUCACUCCGACAUUGCAAGCUUCGCUGGUGUCAGAGAUUCUAUCAUUGCGUCGAGAUCUAGAGUCUAAAACCAAGUUCAUUGAGGAUCUUGAGGAUGACCUGCACAGAACGAAAACGGAGAAUGAGUCUCUAAGCGACGAGCUUGCACAAGCGAUUAAAGACAGCCGAACUGCUGAAACCAGGUUUGAGGAGUCCGAAAAGGGAACUCUUUCUGCUCUGGAAAGUGUCUCGAGCGAGAGGGACGACCUCAAGAGAACCACCAUUGAACUGAGGGACAGACUGGAAGCUUCACAUAGGAAAGUCCGUAUUCAAGAGAACGACUCAGAACGCGUGCAUGAAUUGUGGGAGAAAGAGAGAAAGACUUGGCAUGAUGAAAAGCGGCAGCUUGAGCGGCGGGUUCAUAUUACAGAGGCAAGACUACGGACGAUCUUGAUAGAGCUAGCCGCUCACGAGGAUGCCGCGCAUGAGCCAGGCGUGAGCAGCGAGGCUGAGGACAAUGCACAUGAUAGUGGCCUUGGAAACGAAAGCGACACCACCAGUCUCCGAUCCGUGAGCCGUUAUUCGUGCAGCCGGAACGGGCGUCAUGCGAGAAACACAAGUCUUUGCAGUUCGAUCAGCGUUGCACACGUCCAAAGAUAUACCUUGCAGACUCCGACCGGCUCGCCUAUGCGUGGCAAAUUUGGCAACAUGACUUUGGCAGAUGAACUGGUCUUGGACGAGGACGCAGAGGACAUGGAAGAGCUGGAACUCGAUUCUGAUGAUUUUCCGGAGAACGAGAUGCGAGCUCGUAGAGCGCUUGAAUCGCGACAAUCAACGUAUCAGGACGACAAAGCAAAGCGCAUUCUUGGACUCACGGACGAUGAAAGUAAUAGAGAUUCCUUCGCUGGGCCGAGAGCAAUGUCGCCGUGCAAGUCGGACAGGGGAGUGUCGGGACACAUCCGCAUGUCCAGCACAGCUAAGUCUACAAAACUGGCAUACGUGGACACGGGAGUACAAUUUUCACCGCCAUCCUCACCGCGACUGGCGCUCAGGAUGGGCCCGCUUGAGGAGGCAUUCGAGCCAAGACCGCUAUCAAAGGACGGUGAGGCGAAUCAAAGACGAAAGCGCAUCUCAGUCAACACAUCCGGCUCGCCGAGCCGGUUUAUGCAUCAGGCUUCGCUCGCUGAGCCAGAGAAGGAUUGUGUGAUGGUGUCUGCCUCAUCCCAGACCAUUGAAGAACCUCCCAGUCCCCCAGAGACACCGAAGGUCUCCACGCCUCUAUCUCCUAAGGUUCCAGCGGUACAUUCGACGCCCAUGCUGACCCUGGAGUACUGUUCCACGUCAACCCAAACGGAGUCAUCAAGUAGCCCGGAAGCGAAGACAACAGCGCCUGUAGCCUCGACAAGAGCUCCGCCUCCACCUCCUAUCCCCGUACCCUCCAUUGCCAUACAUCCUCCCCAGUCUGCCCCUACAUCACCCAAAGAGCCCAUACUUCCGCCAGGCACCAAAAACGCUGAAUGCCAGACAACCUUCAACCUUUCAGCUUUCACGAGGUCGGUCUCCAUGCAAACUGAGGAGAUUCUGGUAGACAGGCGGUUAAACAAACUGCCUCCUCAUCUGCGACCUUCAGCGAUCAAGUCAAGACCUACCUCGUUGGAGCCAGAGACACAACAAGCACGACAGAUUCAGCUAGGUCCUCUCCAGAAAGCGCCUCCGCAACCCCAGAUCAUGCGGCCUGCACGGGACGUCUCACACGGCAUGUCUUCGAAGUCAACGAUGAGGAUAGAGAACCGGUAUCCAGGCAACAAUGACAAUGGUCCACUGACGCAUGGCAGUCAUAAGAUUCCCAGCCGACCUUUUAGGACCAGUAGCCUCUUCGCCGGCUUUGACGGAGCGAGCUCGGACGAAGGCGAUGACCUUGGCGUCGCAGAGCUCAGUGAUGAUGAGCAUCGCCGAGCGCCACUGAUGCUCGCCAGUAAUAGAACGCCGAAGCAUAGUCGACCGUUGGCGAAUAUGCCCACUCCCGUGCCAGAAGAGAGGGAGCCAAGCCCGAGCGCGUGGCAAAGUGACGCUGCACCUUACAAGGGUAUAGUGCCUGGCUCGAGGCGAAGCUCUCCCGAGAAAGCGUCUCGGGUGUCCAAGCCAGCAAGGGUCUCUACUCUAAUUCGGCAGCCCAGCAUACGCCGCGCAGCAAUAAUCCAGAGCAGCACUUCUGCUCACUUUCAGCAACGAUCUCGGACCCCGAGCCUGGCCAGUCUUGAAUCCAGCGCCCAAUCUAGUGCGACCCGGCCUCCGUUCCCAGUGCCAACAAGGUCGAGCUCUCGCAAACUACCGAUGAGUAAGAGCGAAGGCGCUCAGAGUCCCACACCUCGCGGCAGUUUUCCUAAACGCUCGCAAGGCCAGAGGCAGCACGUCAGGGGAGAAAGCUUGCGCAAGGUGCGAUCUGCGGCAGUCAUACCGCGAGGUGAACAGGCCGAGGGAGAUCGAAGGCCACCAUCGCCUCAGAAACCUCCUUCUCCAAGGCGAAAACCAAGUCCACAGCUGCCUCCUUUACCCAACCAGGACUUGACGUCCUCAACAUACAUUUACUCAGCGAAACGCUUCGGCCACCGGUCUCAGCCCUCGCAAGAGACAGCACAGACUGGCACAGAAUCUAACGCGAGCUCAACGCAGCCGACCACCGUUGUAGAUGCGAUUGCAGCAACCAUGGUUGGGGAGUGGAUGUGGAAGUAUGUUCGGAAGCGGAAAUCCUUUGGUAUACAAGAUUCUGCUCAAGACACUGGGCAGCCUGGUGUAGACGGCACUGUUAACGUGGCUAUCGGUGGCGUUCGACACAAGCGCUGGGUAUGGCUUUCGCCGUACGAGCGCUCAGUCAUGUGGAGCAGCAAGCAGCCAACUUCCGAGUCGGCCCUGCUGGGCAAGAGCGGUCGCAAGCUGGUCAUACAAUCGGUCUUAGACGUGAAAGACAACACACCCUCCCCGAAGAACUCCGGCAUUCCGCCGCUUUUCGACCGCUCGAUCCUCAUCCUCACACAGGCCCGUGCUCUGAAAUUCACCGCCAUCUCCAAGGAGCGGCACUACCUCUGGCUGACAGCACUUUCGUUCCUCGCGCACUCCUCUGUCAGCCCUCCAGUAUUCGCCUCUCUACCAGUCGUCAUACCCAAGCCGGCUGAGGACCCAUCCCGCUCACAAGCCCCUGCGCUCCGCCGCGGCAACUUCAACAACUCGGGCCGAGCCCCGGCGGGCAAGUCACCCGGGCCCCUGCUGCGCCAACAGUACUCCAGCCCAGCAGCACCGAGCCGCGAGAACCCAGACACAUCUCUCUUCAGCCACGCAGAACCGAUCCCCGACUACGCAGAGCCACCCGUAGUCCCCCGCUACGGCGGCGGCAGUCUCCACGGCCGCAAGCGCAGCUCGACAGGCCCGCGCCUCCCACCGCCACCUGGCUCCACCUUCCGCAGCUUCUCGCAUACCGCCGUCCCCUCGAUCUCGACCUUUUCGACUGGCACUGGCUCUUCUAACACCCCAUCCAACCCUUCCUCGGUCUACAACCCCAACCUCAGCGGCCGGACUUCAGAGGCCAGUAGCUCGAACCGUAGGAGCCAGAACUUCUUCGACGCUGUUGGGCUGGUUCGCAUGGAUGCGUUCGUUGAGCCUAUGCUGUCUGAGGAGGCGGUGCAUGGGCCGCGGAGUCCUGCGAUUGGCCACCAGGGCGGUGGCGGUGCUGCUGCGACACCGAGAAUUAGUCGCAGAAGAGGCAUCAGUCAUCUGAGCCAGAGCACGAAUGCCUCGUGGAGGAAUGGGGGGGUGUAUGAUGAGAGCUUUGAUCCGUUUCGUGGGUUUUAG